CCACCGGGGCCACUGGGGCCACCGGGGCCACCAGGGCCACCGGGGCCACCAGGGCCACCAGGGACACCAGGGCCACCAGGGACACCAGGGACACCGGGGCCACCAGGGCCACCGGGGCCACCGGGGACACCAGGGACACCAGGGCCACCGGGGACACCAGGGACACCGGGGACACCGGGGACACCAGGGCCACCAGGGACACCAGGGACACCGGGGCCACCAGGGACACCAGGGACACCGGGGCCACCAGGGCCACCGGGGCCACCAGGGACACCAGGGACACCAGGGCCACCGGGGCCACCAGGGCCACCAGGGACACCAGGGACACCGGGGACACCAGGGCCACCAGGGCCACCAGGGCCACCAGGGACACCGGGGCCACCAGGGACACCAGGGACACCGGGGACACCAGGGCCACCAGGGCCACCGGGGCCACCGGGGCCACCAGGGACACCAGGGACACCGGGGACACCAGGAUCGGUGCCACCCCCUGUGCCAGGAGCCCCCCGGGGACAGGCACAGAUCGGUGUCACCCCUGUGCCAGGAGCCCCCCGGGGACAGGCACAGAUCGGUGUCACCCCUGUGCCAGGAGCCCCCCGGGGACAGGCACAGAUCGGUGCCACCCCUGUGCCAGGAGCCCCCCGGGGACAGUCAUAG